ACUUAAAAACAAUGACUAUCAUAUCUGCAGCAUUUUCAUAAUACCUUAAUAAUCCACACGAGUUUUUCAAACUUCAAAACGUUUUGCUCAGGCACUAGUUGGCCACCACCUGCGGCGUCAUAUAGGACCCUUCAGAACAACAUGGCGGCCACUGGUACGAAGUCGGUUUUGUUCGUUUGCUUGGGGAAUAUUUGCAGAUCCCCCAUUGCUGAAGCAGUCUUUAGGAAGAUGGCAACAGAUGCUGGCGUUGUUGAUAAGUGGAGGAUAGACAGUGCUGCCACCUCCACCUAUGAGAUAGGAAACCCUCCAGACCACCGCGGUCAAGCCUGCAUGAAGAGUCAUGGCGUGUCCAUGAAGCAUGUGGCCAGGCAGUGGGUCAUAGACAGUGGUGCCACAUCUGACUGGAAUAUAGACAGCUCACCGGAUGCCCGUGGUCUGGCCUGCCUAAGGAAGCAUGGCAUUGAGACGAGCCACAGGGCCCGACAGGUAACCAAGGAUGAUUUCAUGAGCUUUGACUACAUUCUCUGCAUGGAUGAGAACAAUUUAAGUGAGUUGAACAGGAAAGCCAAACUUGUGAAAAACCACCAUUCAAAGAUUGAGCUUCUUGGUUCAUAUGACCCACAGAAGCAGCUCAUCAUCGAAGACCCGUAUUAUGGGAGUGACAAAGACUUUGAAAAGGUGUACGAACAGUGUGUACGUUGCUGCAAAGCAUUCCUGGAGAUGAACUCUUAACAUCUGACCUUAAACAAUCUUUGCUGAAGCUUUUGGAUUACCAUGAAAAAUGUACCAAAAAUGCUUUGAGUGUUUCACACAAGCACUCAUCACUAUAACCCUCUUGUUGAUGUCACAUUUGUUUUUUUGAAACACAUUUGUUUCAGUGUAGUAAAUGUUAUACAAACCACAUAUUGUGUACAUUUAGAAAGAUGCUGCAUGGACAAGUUUGUAGACUGUAAAUCCAAGUGAUUAAUAAAAUAGAUAAAUGAGUA